AUGGAGUACCAGACAAUGGGCAGCCUGCAGCGAGUUUUAUGGAAUGGUCGGGGAAACACAUACUACAGUAAUAUAUACGGCUGUAGCAAGUUUACAGCACAACAGGUUCUUAGGUUUGCCUAUGAGGUAGCUUGUGGGAUGACACAUAUAGCGGAACUGGGGUAUCUCCACCGAGACCUGGCAACCCGCAAUGUGCUCGUGGACGAACAUUUCACUUGUAAGAUAUCAGAUUUCGGUUUGGCGCGCGACGUUAGUCUGAUUCGAGAAUACGAGAGCCGGUCACAGGGAUUCCUACCUCUCCGCUGGAUGGCACUUGAAUCAAUCAAGGACAGCGUCUACACCACCCACAGCGAUGUGUGGUCUUUUGGUAUUCUUAUGUGGGAGAUAGUGACUUUGGGUUGCACUCCGUACCCAGGUAUCUCCAGUAUGAUACUACGACAACAACUGGAGAAUGGUUACCGUAUGAUGAGACCUAAACACUGUACACAUGAGGUGUACCGCAUCAUGUACCGCUGUUGGAGAGAGCCACAGGCUUUUCGCCCUUCGUUCAAAGAGUUGUGCCAACAGUUGGAAGAUCUGAUCUUUAAGGCUCAGAACUAUGUGGACUUGGUCAAUAUAGAUGAAAGGCUUUUCAAGGGCCUAACACGAUGUAUUCCUGGUGAAAAAUACUAG